AUGAUAAAAUCAGAUAUAUCAUCAUCGAAUAAUUUCGAUCGACCAAAAUUAUUCCUUUUCAAAUUUCUAGCUCAUCAAAUUCAUCCAUUUGCUUAUGCAGUUAAUACAUUUCUUCGGCCAGCUUUAGAUGAUUGUCUUGCAUUAAUGCAUAACAAUCCACAAGAUACAUUUAAUGUUUUAUUAUCACUUUCACAAACAUUUACACGUUUUGCACCUGAAUCAGAAUUAAUCUAUGAUGAUAUUCAACAAUUUGCUAUUAAACUUAAAGAUGCUAUUGAUCAAUGUUUUACAUGGCUUGAUCCAAAUACAAUUCGACAAUCAUCACAAUUAUUAGAAUCAACUCAUCAAAGUCUUUUAGCAAUUAUUCAACAACAAAAUAUAGAAAAUACAACUUAUACAGAUAUGUAUAAAAAUAUGUCAGCUGUAUUAACAAAUCUUGAAAAGAUUAGUUCAUUACCAGUAGAAAUGCAAACAAUGUCAUUCGAUAAAAUUAUUUCUACUCAACAAUCAACUAAACAAGAAACAAAAAUAAAUAUCAAUGAACGAACAGACUCUUUGAUUCAAAAUGGAUGUGCAAAUAGAAAUAUUCCUAUAGCUUCGAAUCGAACAACAACAACAAUUACACCACCACCUAGUAUGCUAUCAAAACCAAUCGAUAAGCCUCCAACCAUAUUUUCUUCACCAAUAAUAAGUCGAUCAGAAUCAUCUCGAUUAUCACAAAAUACUAUUUUAUCAUCAACAAAACCUCUUAUGGAUCAAAUAAAAACUCUUUCAGUAUCUUCAACACCUAUUCCAACAGUAACAUUAUCACGACCAAUGUCAACUGUAUCCUAUCAAAAUGAAUAUGAAAUAAUAGAUACAAGUACACAAUCAAUAAAAAAACCACCAGUAAAUAUAGCUUCAUUUCCACCACGUCAAACUCCAUCACUUUUUACUUCAAUUAAUUCAACUAAUGAAAAAUCAUCUAUUGAUACAAUAAAAACUGAUAUUAACAAUGAAGAUAGUUCAUCAUUAUUACUAAAUAAAAAUAUAAAAACUGAUCAUUCAUAUCUUCAAUCAAAAGUCAAUCUAAAUAAUAGAAAUGAAUUCAUCAAUAAUCAACAACGAGAUACAUCAAUUUCUACAUCUUUAAAUGAGAAUAAUAUUCGUUUAAAUAAUACUUCAGGAUUACAAAUACCAUCUUCUAUUCAUGAUAAUAAUGAUCAUAAUACAAAUCGACAAUUUAAUAUAAAUACUCGUUUUACAAAUUCAAUUGAUCAUCAAUCACGUAUUGAUCAAACAAAAAUAUUAACUCAUCCUCAUGUUACUGAUGAAUAUAUACAAGAAUUUGGAAAUAAACAAAAUCGACCAAAUUUACGUGGUGAACUUUGUAUGACAUUUGGUACACCACAAAGUAGUCCACAAACAGAUUGUUUACCAAUUGGUGUUGGUUUAUCAUAUGAUGAAUUAACAUUAUUUUCAUGUGAUGUACAUCGUAAUGCUCAAAAUGUUCGAUUAUUUGAUAUUCAAACAGGACGAUUAAAACAUACGAUUUCAAGUAAUCAGCAAAUGAAAUUUCAUCGUCCAGGUGCUGUUAUGAGUGAUUCACGUAAUAAUAUUUUAAUUGUUGAAAGAGAUUGUAUUUAUAUAACUGAAUUUGAUGGUCGUUUAAUACAAACAAUUGGUCAUCGAUCUAUUAAACAAUUAUAUGGUAUUGCUUUAUAUCGUGAUCGUUAUAUAUUAACAAUUGAUUCAAAAGCAAUAGAUAAUCAAUCAGCUGAAAAUUGUCGUUUAAUUUUAUUUGAUCCAAAUAAUGGUCAAUUAGUAUUUGAACAAAAUCUUUUAAUGAAUCGUCAAUCAGAAAAUAUUCUAAAACAACAAUAUAUUAAUCAUAUACAAGGAAGAAUUUUACCAGAAUCAACUAGUAAACCAAGAUUUAUUGCAGUACGAAAUGAUGAUAUUUAUAUUGCUGAUCUUGGUCGCAGUUUAAUUUAUGGAACAAAACUUCGAAAUCAAUUUGAAUUGACUUGUACAAGUGUUUUUGGUGGUCAAGGACGUGCAAAUGGAGAAAUGAUUGAUCCAUCAGGUUUAUUUAUUGAUUCAGGUGGAAAUAUAAUUAGUGCUGAUAGUAAAAAUGAUCGUAUUCAAUUAUUUUCAUCGGAUGGUCAAUAUAAGACAACAUUUAAAUUAAAUGAACGUAUUAAACGUCCAUCGGGUAUAUGUACAAAUCGUGCUGGAACACAAUUUUAUGUAUCAUGUUAUUUAGCUGGUUGUGUUCGAGCAUUUAAUAUUGGAUAUUAA